UGCAUUCCGUGCUGAGGCUGGGAGUGGGAGAGAGACUGAGUGGUUGAAGUUGAAAUGGCGGAGAAUUCACAUGGUUCAGAUUGGGGAACGGUGUUAGAAACCCUAAGAAGAAGAGGUUGGUGUUUGGAAGAGAGAGAGGAAUUGAAGGCCAUCAUCGUGAUUCAAUCCGCACUUGCCGAUGAUCGUUCCAAGGUUGUUGAUUCCGUCGAGUCGGAGCUCCUCAAUUCCGACCUCAGAUCCAUCGGAGCCAAGUCCUUACCUCUUCUUCGCAACCCUUCUUCUUUUAUUCACGGCCCCAAAAUCCUUCAGAUAUCUUCGGUGAGGGACAUAUCUAAGAGCAGCGUGGAUGACAUAUUCAGAAAUUCAGGUGGUCGGAGACUUCUCAGAUUGUGUCUCACUGAUGGUCACUCAGAGAUUACUGCUGUCGAAUAUUCUCACGUUCCUUCUAUACCCGACAAUGUGGUCCCGGGUACUAAGAUACGUUUGGAAAAUAAAGUUGCGGUUCACAGCGGUAUAGUUUGCUUAAAUCCUAAAGUAUUGACUGUAUUAGGAGGUGUUGUUCAAUCACUCUAUGAAGAAUGGCAGAUGAACCAAAAAUACUCAGGAUUCUCCCGAUCGUCUUUAAGAAAGAUAGAGGAUCGUGAUACUGGUGGUCCUCCACCAUUUGUGAAGCUGCAGGUUGGAUCUUCUUCAGGUCAUGCAAAUAAUAACUAUAGAAGUCAUAAGCCUGUUCCUGUGGUUUGUGAAGCUGAGAUGAGGCCAACUGGUAUCCAGCAAGAUCCUAAUCAAAAAGCAGAUAUUUUGGAUGCAAAUCUAAAUUCCAAAUCAGCUGCAGAAAGUGCUGAAGACAAGGCUAGUAGUUCAGGCACAAGGCAAAAAGAAGUUGUGGAAACUGUUCCUGUACAGAAUCAAGCAGCUGCUCAAAAAUUACUUCAGAAACUGAAUCACCCCAAUCUGGAUGAUAGGCAUUCUAAGGGUCGGAGACAUAGGGGAAAGGGGAAACAAGAAGAUCCACUUGUAUUCACUCUGGAAGAAUAUGAAAACAGAAAGGCCCAGGCAAAGCCUUCUAAUAAAGACAAGGAUCAAGAUGUUAGUUAUGAUGAGGAUCUUGCUAGGCAGCUUCAGAAUCAAUUUAAUCUUGAAGAUUCUCAGGUACGAAGGGGAACUCAUGAAACUGAGGCACAAAAUAUUAGAAUGAGUAUGUUCACAUAUGAUAGGGAUUCUGGUGGUAGCCUUCAAAUGUCACAUGGAGGAGGAAGGGGAAGGGGAAGGGGAAGGGGAAGGGGGAGAGGAAGAGGGAGGGGAAGAUACGGCUAACUAUCAUCCUUUUCUUUCUUUUUGUCUUAUGAAGAUGGAAAUCUUGGCUUUAGUAUGUUAAGGGUUCCUUGGGCGAAAUCCAUUAAGGGACAACGUUAGCUUAGGCUUCAGUUUUCAAGGUGAUCAACCUUUGGGAUACUACUCUUGGCCUAUUUUGGUUACAUGUAUUUAUUCCUUUCUUUUUCAUUUUGAUUGAUCAGUGAAUUUAUCUCCAUUUUUUUUACUCUGAAUUUACUGAUGAGUUCGCUAUACUAAGAUUCUUGUCUC